AUGACGGGAGGAUCGUGUGGAGAGGUGGUACGGUCCAUCCUACGAUCGCACUGUGAUGGCUCACAAGGAGAUAUCGAUUACGUUGAGCUGUUCUUGGAUUUCGAAAAUGCCUCUCCUCAGGACGAUGAGCGCGAUUUGUUUGAUCUUUGCGAGAGAUUAAUCAGUCACUGUGCGGAUGUUUUGGCCGAUGUUAAGAGCUAUGGAAAAGUGGAGUUAGCGAACUCAAUAUCGUUAUUUCUUGCCACACCAACACCGAUGCUAUCGAGUUUAACCACUGCCACACUUGAAUUUGUUCAAUCUCAUCCAAUGCUACCGAUAGGAAAUACGACUGACACAUUAGCGACUAUCGUUAGUGUAUGUCGUUAUAUGGUCGCUUCACCCGAAGUGUCUGCACGUGUAACAGAAACGACACGUCUGUUCUGCAUUCGAGUGAUGGUCGGUUGCCUCAUUCUCUACGACCAUAUUGAUGAAAACGGUGCUUUCGUACGGGAAUCCCCUAUAAAUCUCCGCGCGGUGGUCAAUGUUGUCAAGGAGCAGACACAACCACCACAGACAGAAGCUUUACUUAACGCACUUCGCUACACUUCAAAACACUUCUCGCAAGCUUCCACACCAAAGUCAGUGAGAGCGAUUCUGGCUUGA